GCACGUUGGAGAGGAUGUGAAUAAAGUUGAGUUUGGCUGUGUUUUUUCCCAGCAAUGCUAGGCAACAGCAUCAAAACAGUGAGUCAGGUAGACACUGCCAUUUGGAAACGUUGGUAGUCAAGAGUCUGAGUCUGAGUGAUAAUGUUGAUGGAACAUGCAAGUAGCUAGACGAGCCAAAAAGAUGGGCGGGGCAGGUGCAGCAGCGCUCAUACGCCCGCCGGUUUUCUCCGGGUUCUUCUUCGUCCUCGCCGCUAUCUCCUUGGCGCCACCGGCCCUCUCUCAGACGCAAGACCAGGUUGUCUUCAACGUGGAGCCUACUUACCACGUGGAGGAAGAGCAGCCAGCAGGGACGGCCGUUGUGCAACUGGAAGCCUACUACGUCCUGGCGUCACCGCUGCAAGUGCGUGCUGACGGUGUGUUCGAGCUGGAUGAGUCACAUCCAGACUCCCAGUUAUUCACGAUGGAGUUCGCUCCCAGCCAAGACGGGAGUCGUACCCUAGGAACUGUCAGAAACGUUGUGGUCAUGGAUAGAGACGUGGAAGGAGCGCAAACGGUGUUCUCUCUCUCCGUCACUUACUCCGCUCCUAAUAGCUCGCUCACCGCACAAAACACGCUAUCCAUCCUUCUCGCUGACGUAAACGACAACGCGCCUCAGUUCUCCCAAGAGCUCUACUCCGUCUCUCUGCUGGAGGCAGUUACACCGGGGUCCCUGGUGCUCCAAGUAACCGCCACCGACAUUGACGAGGUCCUUACGGAGCAGCUGGUUGACGAAGAAAUUGAAGACUUUGCAGAGCUGGUGUACCUCGUGGACAACGGCAGAGUUUUCUACUCGAUCGUGGGAGGAAAUGACGGGGGGCUGUUCGAAAUUGAGCGGGAGGGGGGCCGGAUUUUCGUAUCCCCGGGGGCCACGUUUGAUAUUGACGAAGGAGACAGGUACAAUCUCACGGUGGUUGCCACGGAUGCACCAGGACUCAACACGACCGCUGAGAUCCAUGUGAACAUUCUUGACUCAAACGACAACCCCCCGAGGAUUCUGGCCCCCGGGGGGCUAAAUUUAACCCUGAGCGAGGACACCCCACCUGGCCUGGUGAUAUUGGACUCAAUAAAUGCCACAGAUGACGACCACGGCCUGAAUGCCGAAAUAGAAUUUGUCAUUCUCUCGGGAGACGAGACUAACAGCUUUUCAAUCGACCCCCUCACGGGAAGAAUUUCCCUGACGGCCCCCUUGGACCGCGAGGGGGGUACAGGGGGAGUGGUUAACCUCGUUAUAGCCGCCCGAGAUCAGGGGGUUCCCCCACUACAAGACACAAUCGACGUCAUUAUCGAGAUCGAGGAUGUCAACGAUUUUGCCCCCCAAUUCCUAGAAGAUGUGUACGAGGCGUCUGUGAGGGAGGGAGUCCGCAGUGGGUUCGGGGUUAUUCGAGUUACUGCCGAAGACGGAGACGAAGGUUCUGGGGGUGUGGUCUCGUAUCACAUUGUGGGGGGUGGGGGUGGUAACUUUGACAUUGACUCUGUCACGGGAGAAAUCUUCACAAAUGCAACGUUUGACAGAGAAGAGAGGAGUGAGUACCAGCUGGUGGUGGGGGCUGUGGACACACCUCUCAAUCACACUUUACAGCUGUCCAGCUCCGUAAACGUCACCAUAGCGAUUGAGGACACGAACGAUAACGAGCCGGUGUUCAACCGCUCGGAGUACACCGUUCACAUCCUAGACAACCGUACCCGCGGCUACGACGUCAUCACCCUUACAGCAAGCGACAGCGACGAAGGGGUUAAUGCAGAAAUCACGUACGAGUUUGUGGAUCCUCUUCCCGACAAUUCUCAGAGGUUCAGAAUAGGAGAGACAACGGGUCUAGUCGAAGUUCACCUCAGACCUCGCUACGAUCUACAGCAACGUUACAAUUUCACUGUAAGAGCCCUCGAUGGAGGAAGCCCCUCCCUUCACACGGACGUGCUACUAAUGAUAUUCAUACACGACGUGGACGAGACUCCGCCCACAUUUGAGCAGGAAGCCUACAAUGUGACGCUGGACGAGACGACCUCCAUUGGAACUGUUGUUCUGCAGGUGCGAGCCACUGAUCCAGACCCUGGCCCCAUUGGAGUGGUCCACUAUCGAGUCGUCACGGAGUUCGAUGCAGCUGGUUCAUUCUCCGUUGACGGUGACUCUGGAUUAAUCAGCGUUGCUUCUCGACUUGACUUUGAUGCAAGGUUGGCCUUUACAGUGAAACUACUGUAUAUAAGGGACACCAGAGGUAACAAACUACACUAUGUA